AACAGUAUCGUACGCAGACGCGAGCCAUACUUGAUCCAUUGAAUCGACAUACUUCUGUCGCGUUUGACUCGAACUCUUUCGUUGUGUUUAUAGCGAAUAAUUGGGGGAAAAAGAUUCAGGAUUUCUGUGUAUAAUAAUAAUUUUAACGAAAUUGAAGAAGAAACGGAAAAGAGGAGAGAGAAGAUGAAUGAUUUAGAAGUGGAAGGUGGUUCAUUCCUAUUGUGGAAGGAUUGAUGUCAAAGCGUUCGUGGCACGUUCGAGACGGCCGAAUAAGGUACAAGUGGAUAAGGAAAGGGUAUCCCUUGCACUCUCGAUCCCGAAAAAAAAAACAUCUUUUCUCUCUUACUCGAUCAUAAUAAUGAACGAUAUCAUAGAAAUGAAAUUGAAAGGUAAACAUUUAUUGGAUACUUAUGUGGAUGAUAAAAAAUAAAUUUUUGAAGAAUCGUAAGAAAACGGAUACAUCGCGUACUGCAGACGGUAGUAUUUGAAGUUCUCUUUUAAAAGAUGGAUGCGACGAUCGAGAGAGAGUGCAGCGCAUUAGGCGGUCUCUUUCAGCAGAUAAUUACUGACAUGAAGAAUGGAACCCCACUUUGGGAAGAUUUGAUCUCAAAAGCUACAAAACUGCAUUCAUCCCUAAGAGCUGCCAUCUUGGCAUUAUCAACAUAUCUAGAAGCUUUUCAAAAAAUUGCAGAUGUAGCAACCAAUGCUAGAGGUGCAACAAAAGAAAUUGGAACUGCUUUGACAAGAAUAUGUUUAAGGCAUAAAGCAGUUGAAAAUCGUAUGAAAUCAUUUACAAGUGCUAUUAUGGAUUACUUGGUAAUGCCACUUCAAGAAAAAAUAGAAGACUGGAAAAGAUCUUUGAUUAAUUUAGAUAAGGAACAUGCCAAAGAAUAUAAAAAAGCAAGAGCUGAAUUAAAGAAAAGAUCGACUGAUACAUUACGAUUGCAAAAGAAAAAAGGCCGGAAGGGUCAAACUUCUCAUAUUCAUGCUCAAAUACAAGGGCAAAUUCAUGGAGUUGUUCAAAGUGAUUCUGAGUUUAAUAAAAUGUUAGAAUCUUCUGCUGCAGUCAUUCAAGAAAAACGUUUAAGUUUGGAAGAGACUGAAAGAAAGGCAGUGCGUGCAGCUUUGCUUGAAGAACGUGGUAGAUUCUGUCUACUAGCUAGAUUUUUAAAACCAGUACUUGAUGAGGAGAUUGCAAUGUUAAUGGAAUUGACACAUCUUCAAGAAGUUUCUGAUCAAUUGCAAAGACAUGCAGCUUCACCACAUCAUUUACCACCUGCAUCUGAACAAGUGAUAACAGAUAUAAAAGGCUGCGAUGUUACACAAUGGUCAUUAGCAACUCCUCCUUCUAGCCCUUCUUUAUCUUUAGGAUCAAGAAAAAGCUCUAUGUGUUCAAUCAGUUCUUUAACAAGCAGUAGCAGUGGAUCUUGUAAAAGUCAUCCAAGUCCAUCUGGACAUCCAUGGCACAGAUCCCUUUCUCAGUCCGUUGGUGCGAGGCCUUCCAGCAUCAGCAGUAUGGCAAUGCUGCGUCAUUUAACAAAUGGCAGCUCCCGUGAUUCUGGCUUCACUUCUCAAGAUACGUUAUAUACACAACCUAUUUCUGAACAUCAGGUAGCAAAUGUCUCUUCUCAAUAUAAUCAAAGUACUGGAUGUACUGUAACAAGACCUGUAACUACUUCAACUUGGCCUGAUUUACAGGAAACUUCUACUACAUAUGAUAGACAAAGUCAAAAUACGAUUAAUGAAAGGCCUCAUACAAUCUCUUCUGCUUAUGAAAAGGGGCAUCAGAGACCUGCACUUAGUGUUUACACAUUCCAAGCACCUGAUCAAGAGGGAAAUAAUUGUUGUCACAGUCAGCCAGCUUCUCCAGUUUCUUCUUCCUCAUCAUGCUCUUCCUCUAAUCAACAGUUAUCGAGAAUACAAUUGCGUCGAAAUAACGGAAAUCGUCCACCCAUACCUAAUAGAUGUUCUAGCCUAGAACGGCCAUCUGCAACAGUAAAAACUGAACCACCUAGUAGUCCACGAGGAAAACCAAAAUUACCGCUUCCAGCUCAUUUAGCAAAAGAAUUAGCCACACAUCAACUUCAGCAACCAAUGUAUGUAAACAUGCAUGAAUUGGCAAACUUGGCUGCCAGUCGUGCACAAGAAAUGCAAUUUCCGUUACCACCUCCUCCAUCUUCAAUGCCAGCAUCAGGAAAUGACAAGGUCGAAGGUACAGAAAAAGAUGGAGGAAGCCAAACUUCGGAAUCAAGCGUAGAGUCAAGUAGCGGAUAUGGAAGUCAAACUACUUUACCGCAUUCCCAUUCUACUCAUAAUCAGACUGAAAAUACUUGGAAUGUACCUGGAGCUGCAUCGACUUUACUUUCGCGAAGAGGAUCAAUGCAGCAAGCUACUAGGCCACCUCCGCCGGCAAGACGUACAUCUACUAUUAUUACAGCUACCUUCAGUAGUCUUGUAACUAAUCCCAACGAAGAAAGCAUAGAAAAUAUUUGUGAUGAUACCGAAAAUCUUCCGCCACCGCCAGCAUUCCUAUUAGAAGGUUCUUCACCUGUAGCUAGCCCUACUCCUCAACGAUCUAUUUCCGUAUCAGAAACAGUACGAACUUUGACAGAACUACGUCAUACACCAGCUAGUCCUUCUCUCUUACGUAAAGCUGGUGGACAAGGACAUGUUAAUACUUCUAACGUAAUGCAGCAUAGUACAAUUUUACAGACCGCUUGUACGUCUGUUGAACGUUCAUCUACUACUACACGUUCCACUUCAAAAGAACGCGGAACGCAUUUCACUCAGACACAAAUAUCUACUGCCGCUGUAAGCAAUCAAGGGCAAGGCCCUGGAGGUGUAGGUCAAAGUUUCAUGGCUGCACUCAAUGCGAAACUUAUUAAUAGUACAAGUGGUAAUAGCACUGGUAGCAGCAGUCCGAAACCAGCAAGAAAACAUUCCACAGACCAACAAAUGACCAAGAAUUCUAAAACAUCAUCUGGUUUUCUUGAAACGUUAAAUGCAAAAUUAGCGCAACAACAACAGAGUCUUCAAGGAAACAAUGUAACAAGUAGAUCUGCCAGUGUGAGACGUAUCAUGGGUAAUCGCGUACCUAUUAUGGAUCCAGCUCAAGUAAGAGAUUCUCUUAUGGAUCAGAUUCGACGGGGCACUUCUUUACGAAAAACCAGUGGUCCCAUUAACGAUCGUUCUGCUCCCAAGAUCUGUUGAAUGCCGAGGAAUGCUGUUUUGCGUAAGUUCCUCCGCUGUUUUAUUACAUACAGUGUUUAUAUAAGGCAAUAUAUACAAAUAUCAAAACAUCUUUAUAUUGUCGCAUACACGUCAGAAUAUGACAAUACCUUUACAAGUAUAUUUGCAUUAUUUAUGUUAUGAAUACCAAAACUUUCAUUUAUUGCACGAGUUACAUAUUGUAACGAUGGAGCAAUUUUUUGACAGAGUUUAUUGUAAGUUAAGAAGAAACAUUAUGUUAAAUCUGCCUUGAAAGUAUUUAUAUUUAGCGCGAUAUAUAAUAAUAAUAAUAAUAAUAAUAAUAAUAAUAAUAAUAAUAAUAAUAAUAAUAUAUAUACACACACAUUUAUUUAAUUUGAAAUAGUAAUUAAGGUAAAUCGCUUCUCUAAGAAAAUUGCAAUGUCUGUAACUCUUGCAAUAAUUGAAAUAUGAUGGAAUUGUAUAGGAUUUUAGUUCAUUAUUAUGAACUUUUGGAAGAUUUAUAUUACAUGCAUUUUUUAUAAAGCCGAAAUCUUGCCGUACUACAGUGGGAUCUCGAUUAUUCUUUAAUUAUAUGAUUCGUCGUAUAAAUCGAAUCCGAGGUCUCGAAUGUUUUCUCAUAAUAGAAGAGGAUUUUCGUCUGAAACAUUUGUCUUCCUCGUUUGUUCGUUAUCCGCUAUAAGCUUUAAUUUAUAUACAUCUUUAUAUACAUAUUUUCUUGGCGUUACUAAUAUAUGGGUGUUAACGUGGAUUUAUCUAUAUAGUAUAACGGAUAUAACUAAAACAAUAAAUUUGUUAAAAGAAAAACAUAAAUACGAAAUACAGCUUCUUAAAGAUGUCAUGAGGCAAGAUUGACGACGGACAGAAAUGAGAUCUUUGAUAAGUCGAAUUAGGACAGAAAUUGACCCUAAUUUGCUUUAAAUCGUUCCAUUCUAAGAAUCGUUGUAUUAGAUUAAUAAGAAUGUUUCUUGGACUAUAUACAAGUAAUAUAGUUAAUAUAUAUAAUAGGAUCGAUUUUACAAUCGGUCAAAUUUUUUGUGCUUUUUUACUGUACUAAUUUAAGAAAUGAUUUUUUACGUUCUUGUAUACUACAACGUGUAUUUCAUCUGUAUCGUAAGUUCAUUUUUCAUAUAUCAUAAAUUUUUAUAAUCGGGAUUCCACUUGGUUUCUUUGAUAUUAAGUAAAUAAUUUAAUUGCUUAAUUUCAUAAAAUAUUUUAUUUUUCUACCAAACGCACAGAGAGAAAUAGAUGUAUUGCUAUAAUUUUUUUUUUCUUUUUUUCUUCCUCUUUUUUCUUUUUCUUUAGAAUUUAAUUUUUGGAGGUAGAGUAUUCUAAAAAUAUAUUGUUCGCCGUGUUAAUACUGUCAUUUGUAACGUAAGAAAGUAAAAGUGGUAGAAGUAUUAAUGAUGCUUUUUUUUAUAAUGUUUAAAGAAUAAAUAGUUAUCUGUGUAGAAUUUAUCAAUGAAUUGGCUAAGUCAUUAUAACUGUAAUAUGAAGAAUAUAAGGGUAUUGUAUUUUGAUGCGUUGCAAAAAUUAAUAUAUAAAACAAAAAAAAUGUUUUCACAAUACUACGAAUAAUGUCUGCAUAUUUGAAAAAGCAUAUUUGAUUUUUUUUAUUUUUUUUUAUUUUUUAUUAUUUUGUAAUUUUUUUAUUUUUUUAUUUUCUUUUAUUUUUUUAACGAGACAGUUUUAUAUCGUGUUUUCGUCUCACAUAAAAUAUAAGCUGCUUGUAAAGUUAUGCUCGCUUCCAUGGAUUGUUCCUAUGGAGGUACGCAUGUGAAAUAUUACUGCCAAUUUAGAACAUUGACACGUUCCUUUCAUUCCUCAAGUUAGCGUCGAUAUUAGUCGAUGUCGAUAGUGGGCAAUAAUAUAUACAUAUUUAUUUAUUUAAUAAAUGCAUUGUAAACUGUAAGAUGAUUAUACAGCGAGAGCAAAUAAUAAUACUUCUCCAGAGAUUUCACGAUACAGGGGUUUUUAAUGCUGGUGUUAAAAAUGAAUGCAAGAUAAUGAGACAUAAUAUUCUGAGAAACGAUCAAGCGUUCUCCGCGAUAUUUUUGUUCUUCAACGAAAUAUAUUCACUUUACCCAGCGUUAAACGCCAAACUAUAAUAUCAAAUGCUCUAUUAAUUAGUAGUUAAUAACCGUUCAUCCAUUGUAACAAAAUACUGUUUGAUGUAGUAAAAAAUUCGAAGGUGAUUGUUAAUUUGUAAUAAUUAUUACAAUAGUAAACUUACAAGAACAAUAAAUAAACUAAAUCAGUAUUCGAUUA